CAACAAGAACGGGUGAGGUACUCGAAAAUAGCAGACUGCACGAUAUCAUAGAGUCGUAUUUAUUUUCGUUUAUUUCGGAAAGGUUGUAUUUUUUUAUAUAUAUACAACAAACAGUACUCGGAUUUCCCAUUCUAAAACCGUAAAGGACCUUGCAGUUUCCAAAGAGUAGCUCGUAAAACAAUUGGGGGUUUUUUCUAGACUAUUUGAGUUUUUUAAUCAGAAGAAUUUCCGUAAUGUUAAAAAAUUACUUUAUCAAAAGGCGCCUCUUCUCGACUACAGCCUUUACAAGGUUUCAAUUUUCGAAAAUCGUUUCCGAGCCUCCAAGUAGUUUUGAACCGCGAGACAAUGCUUUUAUGAAUGAAUUAGAAAAAGAGAUGCAUCAAAGCAAUGUCAGCUUGAAUCUCAUGUUAGAGCAUAGCAAGGUUCGCCAAUACUACAGAAAAGCGGCUUAUGAACUCCCGUCCCUUACUAUGUAUGCGGAACCCUACCAACAAAGAAAUGCCAACCAGGUUCUUACUUUUGAAUCUCCUAUUCAAAUGUCGUCUACGGCAACUCCAAUUUCAAAGGUUGUUCUCAAAUUCAGUGUUGAGAAUCUUCCCAAUUUGGAACAAAAUGAGCGCCAUGUACUAAAACUCCUAGCUGGUGCUAGGUAUAAUCCUGAAACUGAUCAAGUAAAAAUGUCAUGCAACAAAUACCCCUCCUCUCUGCAAAACAAGCUCUUUCUUGCUGAAACCCUGAACACUUUGGUUUCCGAAUCAAAGCGCUUAAAAGCAAAGUUUGCGGAUAUACCCUUAGAUACCCGACAUAUAAAAAUGAAAAAGCAUGAGAAACGCUUUCCGAAACACUGGCUAGAACAGUAUCAGCAAAUGAGUACAAAGAAAGAACAAUAAUAACAAGAUGAACUUGUCUACCAGCUACUGAAUCUCAUUUCACAUAAUAAAAUUGAUAUCCAUGAGUAUAUAUUUAAGCAUA